AUGGAUAUGUCCGAUUUUGCAUUAAAAGAUGGAGGAAAGAGACCCAUAGUUAAAACUAUCCCAGGUUCAGUAGGAUCACCAGUAUCACAAGUAGCAGCCCCACCCGGGUCUCCUUCUAUCCUUGGUGCUGGCGGAUCACGAGCUCCAAUGCCAAAAUUUAAUGGUGCAUCAGGUACCUCUCCAAGAUCAAGUGUAACUCUUUUAUCACCACAAAGAUCUUCAUCUUUUAAAAGGAACUCUUUAACUGGAAACAACAUUGUUGCUGAAUCAAAAGCAAAUAGUUUAUUUGGAAUGAAUAAACCAGCAAAAGUUUCUCCAAAGAAUCUCAAUGGAUCAAAGUAUUCAACCAAAAAUUCCAUCAAAGCAAAACCAGCAUUAGCAACUGAGAGUACAUUCAAUCCUCCCCUGGUGAAAAAGAUAUCAACAGACAAAGAAGUUAAUUCAGCUCAACCUUCUCCCAGAAAGUCUUUAAGAUUGCAACCAGAUUACAAAGAGGAUAACCAUAAUAAUAAUGAAAGGAGGCAUCCAACUAAUGAUGAAUUAAGAUUAUUUAGUGUUCCUCCAGCUAGUUCUGAUGAGAGGAAAGUGUUUACAAAGAAAUUUUCAUCAAGAGGUAGAGAUUUGACAGAGAGUGCAUUCCCACAUUCAAAUAAACCAGGAGAAAAGAGAACUUCAACUUCUCUUUAUGGUAAGGAAGCUGGACUGGGAAGAACCGAAAUAAUUAAUGGAAUGGAAGUAAUUGUACCUUUGGAUGAAGCUCAGGAAAAGAAAGCUGAGAAUUAUAUGGUUAAUGAUAGUUCCAACUUUAUUAGAAAGAGUUCUUUUUCCUCGCCUAGGGUUAGUGUUGCAACGGAUAUUCCAAAUAUAAACGAUACAAAACAAAGAAAUUCAAUUUUAAAUAAUAAAAUUGUCCCAAAACAUGUGAAUCACCAAGUAAUACCAGCACAAGCUUCAACUUUAAUUUCCCCAACAGAAUUAUCAGUUCCAGCCAAAUUAUCUGGUGGUAAUAAUGAAAUUGGUAAUUUGAGAAGAUCAGUUAUAAAUAAGAAGGGAUUCACAACAAUUGUAGAAGCUAUGUUAAGCAUAGAACCAGAAGAUAAUGAUGAGAACAAAGGAACUCAAGGAGUUGUAAUAGGGAUGCCAAUAAUGGUAAAAAAUAAUGUAUUGGGAAUACCCAAAUUAUCACCAGAUGCCACUCAUAGAAUAUCAGAGUCUCAAGUAAUAAAUUACGAUGAAGAACUUGCAAAUGAAGGCAAGGCAGUAGGUAGAACCAGUAUACAGAUGGCAAAAAUGGACGGAACUCAAAAUCAGGACCAACAAAAGUUAAGGAAUUCAGCCAGUCUGGAAUAUGGUAAUACAUUCAAACUUGAUGAACAUGGUCUUAGCGGACAUCUUAAAUGGCUUUACGGAGAGGAAACAAAGAUUGAUAUAGCUGUUGGACCUUAUGCAAAAGAGCUUCCUUUGGACGCAGUUAAGGUAGAUAAAUCAUAUCAUGUUAAUGAAUUAGACCCAAUUUCUCAAACUAAAAUUGCUUCUAAAUUCAGAAAGUGGAUAAAUCCAAUACAUGGAAGAAUAUUUGUAGUAUUAACAACAUCAUUUGCUUUAGUUGGUGUAUUCUUUCAAUCUUUGAUAUUUAAUCGUCUCAAUAGAUGGGAAGAUGCAAACUGUGGUGGUGUAUAUGUUGAAUCCUUUAGUAUGAAUUCUAUGCUUGGUCCUUGUUCUAAAACUUUGAGUGCUCUUGGAGGUUUAGUAGUAAAUGAAUUAAGACAGGGUGAAAUAGUUCGUAUGUUUUGGGCAAUGUGGAUGCAUACUGGAUUUAUACAUAUCGGAUUUAAUGUAAUAUCUCAAGCUCAAUUAGGAUAUAUGAUUGAACCAGACUGGGGUAUGUUACGUUUUUUCUUAUUAUUCUUUUUAUCAGGUAUUGGUGGAAAUCUGGCAGUAGCGGUAAUAUCUCCCUGCUCACUGACAGUUGGAAGUUCUGGUGGUUUAUUUGGAAUUACUGCAGCUUCAAUUCCAUAUGCUUUUGAGAAUUGGAAUAAUCUUCCUGCUCCAAUGUUUAUGUUUAUUUUUAGUUUAUUUUCAUUAAUUAUUGGUAUGGUAUUAUCAUUCACAGGUGUAACGAAUCCAUGGGCACAUAUUGGUGGUUUUGUAGUUGGAAUACUUUACACAUUUGCUACUAUGAAAGCUUGUAAGGGUUGUUCUCCUGAAGAUAGGCUGGAUAGGUAUAAUAGAAUGGCAGCUCUUCCUCUAUUUAGGCUCUUUAUGAAGCAAGAUAAAGAAUGGAUUAAUCUUCAGCUUGAAGAAAAAAAGAGACGAAAGAUUGAGAAGAGAAAUGCCAAAAUUGCUGAACAAUGGAGAAAGAACCAACGUAUAAAGAAGAAUGCUUUGAUUAAACAGAUGAAAAUUGAGCAGAUUCAAGGUGAAACUACUGAUAGUCUUGGUUUAAUUGUUGAUGAAAAUGGAGUAAAAAGACGAACAGAUUUGACAAUUUUGAUUGAUCGUACUCCUGUUGAAAAGAUACCAAUAAAGACAAAAAUUAAGGUAUAUUUGAAGAAUCGUAUUAAAAGUCUUCGUGAAAAGAAAUUAUUAUGGACUUUCAGAAUCUUGUCAGGACUUUUACUUUUAUUUUACUUUAUUAUUGGUUGUCUUGGAACAUUCUAUCCUCCAUUAUACUGGCCAAAUCCCAUUGGUGUUAUUUCUUUCUCUGAAGGAGCUACUAUGUGUGGAUGUUGUUAUGUCAAUCAAGUAUACACAUGUGGUAGUAACCCAGAUUUCAUUACAUGGUGUGAGAAGCAAGGAGCAGCUGCUCAGCCUGAUAGAUCUUUGUUCGGGUAUAACUUUUCCUGA